AUCUUGAAAGUAGAAAAGGAAGACUUACUGCGUUGAAACUCCUCCAAUUGACAUCAUUUUCAAUAAUUUUUAACAAAUAAUAAUUUAAUAAAAUCAUUAAUUUUCUUUGAGUUUACAAUUUUUUAAUAGAAAGCAGAAAAUAUAUCUUCUGAAUUUUUUUUUCUUUCUAAAACAUCUAUAUUAACAAAAUGGAGGGAGUAAUAGCAUAAUUAAUCAAUUUUAAAAAUUCAACCACAUGAUGGGCUUCAUGAUUAAAACACAAGCCCAUACUAAUGGGCCUAAAUGCUAGAUGUUCCGGCCAUUAUUGUGGCUUAAACCCUACCUCGGGGUGGGUUUAUCUCUCUCUCUCCAAGGCGCGCGAAUCGCUAACGCUUGAUCUUGCAUGACACGUUUUCCUCCUGUCGGAUUCUGCUCUGCUAUAUACCUCUGAAAAAAUGUUUAACGAUUCUAGUGCUGAACCGGCUGCUGGUUCUUCGGGUUCUAAUGAAAACGUUACAAAGAUCGAGCCGAUACGGAUGCCAACCAUCGAGGAGAUGCGAGCCCAAGAGGUUUGGAACAACUGCGCCGUCAAAAGUGUAGCUAGUGGAGUCAUGGGAGGAGGGCUUGGGUUGAUGAUGGGUUUGUUUAUGGGAGCAUUGGAUAAUCCUAUUAUGCAUGAUACGAUGACUGGUAGGCAGCAGUUUGUGUACACGGCUAAACAAAUGGGGCAAAGGAGUUGGAGUUCUUGCAAGACAUUCGCGGUUAUGGGUUUGGUUUACUCAGCUGCUGAAUGCAUUGUGGAGAAGGCAAGAGCAAAGCAUGACAUAAUAAACACCGCUGUUGCUGGAUGUGUGACCGGCGGUACAAUGUCUGCCCGAGGUGGGCCAAAAGCUGCGUGUAUGGGCUGCGUUGGGUUUGCAACUUUCUCAGUACUCAUAGAGAAGUUCUUCGAUAGGCAUACGUAAACCCAACAAUAUAUCUAACAAGUAACAAGCACCAUUGCUGUUUCUCUUUCCUUUCUGUGAUCGUGAUACAGACAGGGAGAGGGGAAUCUAGGAUUAUAUUUUUGAAACAUAGAAAGAAGUGAGACUUCAUUUGAUUUAAUAUUUGUUC